AGACAAGAUGGAAGGAAACAAAAUGAAGGUACGCACAAAAGCAUUGAAGCAGUUGUUGCGCGCCUUGAAAAACAAAAUGGAAUGAGUCUCAGUAGCAAUUCCAGUCCUGAAGCAACAUUUAUGGAAACUUCAGAAAGGAUGAACAAUAUGGACGAUGCUGUAGUUCCUCGAGUUCUUUAUGAAGAAUUGCUGCGAAGCUAUCAGCAGCAGCAGGAAGAAAUGAGACACAUUCAACAAGAACUUGAGCGAACAAGAAGGCAGCUUGUUCAGCAAGCAAAAAAGCUAAAGGAGUAUGGGACAUUAGUGUCAGAAAUGAAGGAGCUCAGAGACUUGAACAGACGGCUACAGGAUGUACUGCUUCUCAGACUAGGCAGUGGUAAGUACUUGGAUAUACGUGGGACAAGUUCUUAAAUAAUUUAAUUUUAAAUUAGAAUGGCUGAAAUAAUCACAAUAUAAUCUGCUUCACUGCAUAUACCAGUCUUCCAUUUCAUACAUUGAAAAUUCUGUAUUCAUGUUCCUUUUUCAUUCUUUUUAUUAAUAGAAAUUUUCAUCCUGGUAAUAUUGGCAUGCUUUUCCAGGGCUGCACACAGCCAUGCUGUGCUGCAGCUGUGGAAACAUACUCUUUUUGAAAACCACUUUGAGGUUUUAUUAUAAUCAGGCAGUAUAUAAAUGUUUUGAAAUAAAUAAAUACAUCUAGGUAUCUCUUCCCACCCAAACCAGAAAAAAGCAUGCAGAAAUAUAAGAAUCUUUCAUAGCACACUGGUCCUGUUAUGUCUGCGACAUCAUUUAUUGCAGCUUAAGUAUUGUUGCCAAAGUUCUUGGUAGAAUGAGAAAAGGAAUCCAAUAAAUAUCUUGAAUAAAUAUAAGCGUUCCAUCUUACAGCAUGAUCCUUUGCAUGUGUACUGUACUUGGAAUCUCACUAUUUAGCAGGACUUGCUUUCAGAUAAGUGUUCAUAGGAUUGGAGAACCAUAAGCCAAACUUUCAAAGUGCUCUCCUUGAGCAAACAACAUUUGCUCCAAUUUAUUUUUCAGUUCCAUGUCUGUAAAUUCCAUUGAUUUUUAAAAUUCAAUUUAGAUUUUCUCAAAAUGUAUACUAUCUAAAACUUUGUUUGGUUUACACAGAACCAAAGACACUUUUGCCACAUUUGGACAAUCAGGUACUGGCUUGACAAACAAGGCUUGUGGCACUAUUAUGAGUGUGUUUCCAAUGUUUCAAAGUCUCCAGAUAGGGGUACAGUCAUACCUUGUUUCUCGAACGUAAUCCAUUCCUGAAGUCCGUUUGACUUCUGAAAACCUUUGAAAACCAAGGCGUGGCUUCCAAUUGGGUGCAGGAGCUUCCCACACUCAGUCGGAAGCUGCGUCGGAUGUUCGGCUGUUUGCAAACUGGAACACGCACUUCCGGGUUUGCAGCCAAAAUGGACGAGUACCAAGGUGUUUGAGAACCAAGGUUCGACUGUAUAAGGAAAGGUGCUCCUUUAGGUAACCUCAUCUCAAUGUGUCCAGGGCUUUAUAUGCCAAUAGCAAGACCUAAAACCUGGCUCAAUAGCAAAAUGGCAGCCAGUGAAACUCUUUCAGCCCAGGUGUUAUGCACAGUUGAUAGGUGCCCUUUUCCACAGUCUUGCUGUGGCAUUAUGCACUAGCAACAGCUGCCAGUUCAACCUUAAGGGAAGCUCCACAAAGAGUUCAUUGCGGUAAUCUAAUCUGGAGACUUUCCGGGCUUUGACCACUUUACCUAGGCUAUUCCAAUAAAGGGAUGGUCAUAUCUGUUGCAGCAGCCAAACUAGCAGAAGGUGCUCCUUAUCCACUGGUUCUCCAGUGACAUAGAUGGAUCUCAGGAGCACCACCAAACUACUUACUUGCUCCUUCAGAGAGUUAAACCCUAUUUAGAACAGUCAGUUGAUCUGUUCCUAGGCCUGGGAAGUGCUCCUAAACAGAACCUUAAUCCUAACCAGAAUUCAAGGUCAGUUUAUUGACCCUCAUCCAGCCCAUCAUGGUACCUAAGCACUUAUCCAAUUCCUGCAUAGUCACUUGAUUCAGAAAGAGUUGAGUUAUGUUUUGUCACUCACGGGAUGUGACAGAAAAUAUAUAAUAAAAGCAAAACAAGCCAAUAACACCCCCCAUCAUAUUUUAAAAGGGCAUCAGAUGUCCUGGUUAAAGGGGAAUGUUUUCAUCUGGUGCCUUAAAGGGGUAUAAUGAAAGUGCCAGCUGAACCUCCCUGGGGAGAGCAUUUCGCAAAUGGGGAGCCACUGCAGAAAAGGCCCAUUCUCGUGUUGCCACCCUCCAGGCCUGCCAUGGAGGUGACACAAAGAAGAGCGUCAGAGGAUGAUCUCAGGGUCUGG